AAAAACGUGUUUGCACAGUGUUUCAAUUGACAAGAUAUAAUUUAAAUGCGGUUAUAGCUGAAGUUAGGAAAAAGUUAAGGGAGGUUUUCGGCUUUGAUCUUAUUGAACUACCCCACUCUAGAAACAAUGUUGACGUACACCAGACGCAUUUUACAAGCAGUCAACAAACGCAACAGAUGCAGACACAAAACGAGCAAACACAGGAACGCCAGCCCCAAAUGACACAAUCUCAAAGACGUAGUCCUGCUACAGGCAACUAUGUGGUUAUAUCCAUUUUGAAAGAAUUUUACAGAAAACCCGAUAUAAUUGAAAGAAGUGCUGAUGAAUAUAAGACGACCGGCAUCCUAUACAUCAUUCUCGGUAUCAUCUUUUUGAGUGGCCAACAGAUGAAUAGUUCUGAAUUGUAUAAUCACCUGGAUUCUCUUAAGCUCACCAAAAAUAACACAGAAUUUGGAAGUCGUGACGAACUUCUCUCCAGUUUUAUUAAGGGUGGCUACUUGAGAAGGACGCAAAUUCCAGAUGCAGACAAUGAGGAGCCAGAGUAUAAUUAUACUUGGGGCCCACGAGCGAAUGUUGAACUAGGGCACACAGGCGUUGUAAGCUUUCUAUCCAGUGUAAGUAAUACAGUACUUUUGAAGAAUCCCAGAGCGAUUGCUGAUUGUUAUAAAACAAAAUUUGUAGUUGUAUGGAGAAAACCAUAAUGAAGAUGAAGGAGAAUUGAAUAUUGGGGACCUUCAGCGCAAGAUGUAUAUGCAAGCAGG